CCUCAUCUAGCAAAGUAAUAUGACAACAUUAUACUCAUCAAAACAAGUAUAUGACAUCACUUCUAUAAAAUAAAAGUAGUGCGCGAAAUUAAAAUAUCCUCAAACAUAGAAAAUAAUUAAUAAAUAAAAUUCGGAUAUUCUUCCUUUCUCUCCUCCUCUCUCUUCGCCACUUCCCGUUCCAGAACUCGCUGGACGCUGAUUGAGAAUUUGAGAUUUCUUUCCUAGCUUCCCCUGAAAAUUUUCUAGGAAAAGGCAGAAACUGGAAAGACAAGAGGCCUAAGUAUCUCUUCGAUUGGAGAAAAAGGGGUGAAAGUGAAGAAAAAAGCUUCAAAUCGGAGUCGGGAAAACGGGAAGAUUCAGAUACUCUCUGUCUCCUUGUUCGCCGUCUCUCUGGUUCCUUCCAUCCGUAAAUGGAAGCUGACGUCUCUAUCCUCUAUCGAAUCUAAACCCUAGCUUCUUCUUACUUCUUCUUCCUCCUCUUCCCUUCCUUCUUUCCUCCCUCUCUGCCCCUCUCUCUCGAUCAACGAAAUUUCAGGUGUUCUGGUGUUCGAUUUUCCAGCUAGCGAUGGAGAAACGAGUAGUCAUAGGGCUUCUAUUGUUUUCUUUCUUAACCUGUUGUUGUUCAAUGACUUCGGCGAGUGUGGUUCUGAUGGGGAAUAACGUCACCAUGUCUUUCGAUGACAUUGAAGCUAAUUUCGCUCCGCCGGUGAAGGGUUCGGGCGAAUGCGGAGUGUUGUAUGUAGCAGAGCCUCUUGAUGCCUGUUCAGAUUUGACUAAUAAAGUGGUAAACGCUUCGAAUUCCAGCUCACCGUUUGUGCUGAUGAUAAGAGGAGGAUGCAGCUUCGAAGAUAAAGUCAGGAGAGCACAGAAAGCUGGGUUCCAUGCUGCAAUUGUCUACGAUGAUGAAGACAGUGGUUUAUUGGUAGCAAUGGCAGGGAACUCGGCUGGCAUAAGCAUACAUGCUGUCUUUGUUGCAAAGUCUGCAGGCGAAACACUAAAGAAGUAUGCUGGGUGGACUGACAUGGAGAUAUGGAUAAUUCCAAGCUAUGAGAAUUCAGCAUGGUCUAUCAUGGCAAUCUCUUUCAUAUCUUUGUUGGCCAUGUCAGCAGUUUUAGCCACUUGUUUCUUUGUCCGGAGGCAUCGCAUAAGAAGAGAACGUCCUCGGUCUUCUCGUGUUAGGGAAUUCCACGGGAUGAGCAAGCGCCUAGUGAAAGCAAUGCCAAGCCUCAUCUUUAGUUCUGCUGUUCAGGAGGAUAAUUGUACUUCAAGAACUUGUGCCAUUUGCCUUGAAGAUUACAGUGUCGGGGAAAAGCUCCGGCUUCUGCCUUGUCGACACAAGUUCCAUGCUUUCUGUGUCGAUUCUUGGCUUACAUCAUGGAGAACGUUCUGUCCCGUGUGCAAGAGAGAUGCAAGGACGAGCACAGGGGAGCCACCAGCAUCUGAAUCCACACCAUUGCUCUCAUCAAACCCAUCUUCAGUAGCUUCCUCUUCUAUUCUAUCAUCCUUUAGAUCGACAACAUCGUCAGCUAUAAGAAUUGGUCAGCCAUCUCGGUCCCCUUCAGUUUCUCAUUUCCCCUCGUACUCCGGUGGCACCCCUUAUGCCCAUCAGUCCUCCAUUGGUUCGUGCCAUCAAUCAUCAUAUUCCCUAAGCAUGAGCCGAAGCAAUGCUGACCUAAGGAACAUGUCUUCACAUCGAUCUCAAGCUUCACAUUUGAUUUCUCCCUAUGGUUACCCUUCCAUGUCACCCCUGAACACGACGCGCUACACGUCUGUAUACAACCCAAGUCCAAGCAAUGCCUCACCGAGCUUAGUGGGAUCCACGAGUUAUCAGCCUCGUCCUCUACAUUGUAGUGAGUCUAAUGCGAGCUUCUCCCCGUUUGCUUCUACCCAUUCCCUUCCUGACUGUUGAAAGCCAGAUUUUGGAACUUUGUUCGACCUUGUCGCGCUGUAUGAGGAAGUUAACCAUGUCGGUGCAUCUUCUCAACCUCAUAUGUUAUUCAUCAACGGUGUGUUCGCUUUUCCUUCAAAAAAGCCCUCUUCCUCUGGUUGUAAAUUAUAGAUGGGAAUGGAAUGGUUGAUUUUAUUUGUAAGAGGUUUCCAUAGGGAGAGUUUGACCAAGAGUGUUUCUGGAAUAGAGGCAACAGGGAGAAUAUAUGAUCUUAACCAUGGAUCUGGCUUUUGGGUGCUGUUUUUCAUGGUGUGUCUCUUUUCUGGGUGAAAUUGAUGUUCUUCCUUCCUGUAAAGUGAAUGGAGUGACCAAGUGUUUCAUUUGACAGUCAAUACCCUUGGACUGGAUGUGAAUGGAUAGAUGAUUUAAUCUCUCUUAACAGUAAGAGUAUUUGUGGUAUAGUUUGUAGAAGGAGCCAGGGAGGUAGAAGAAAAGGCCAAGGGUGUGUCAGUCUGUCUCAAUUGCAAUCGUAUAAGCAUUUACAAAAUCAGACUAAUAGAAACUUAUAUACCUGCAAGCAAAGAGAAUGGUGUCUUAUUACUUGAUCUGUAUAUCUAAGGCUACUGGCCUUGCUUCCUACUGAAGCAAUAUGAUGCAUAAAUAGGUCUUCUGAAGCAGCAAUGGUGAAUGACAUUUCAUCUCUGAUCAAACUCCCAACACGCAGUAGUCAUGCCCCAUGGACAUGGAACAGCGGCAGCCUCUUUCCAGGAUUAUGAAACACCGGAAGUCGACGAGUGGGAUGGUCUCUCGUCAACCGUUUCCAGGACUACACUUCUUCUCAUCAUCUUCGGUUGUCUGGUAAUCUCGGUGGCACUGUACGUGUUGAUCAAGCGCUGCAUUUUCGGCGACCACCACCACCACCACCACCACCAUCAAGAUGUCGAGGCUGCUGCUGAGGAAGGUCAGGUCGCAACAGCGAUAGAAAUGCCAUCGCUGCCAGAGCGAAGAUACGGGGAAGUGGCUGUGGCAGAGGCGAGUCUGGGAGCGAUCAACGAUGGCAGUUGCUGCAUUUGCCUCGAGCAGUAUGCUGACGAAGAUCUGGUGACAGUCCUACAUGGAUGUCAUCACUUGUUCCAUCAGCAUUGCAUCCGCGAUUGGGCGCACGAGUGCAGCCGAGCAGCGCGGUCGUGUAAGUGUCCACUGUGUGGGCAGCUCGUUUUUCCAGAGGUUUAGCCGUUUAGGUGUUUCUUGAUCUGUUGUUUCUGUGGUGAAUAAAAAUUAACUGGUCCUGAUCUUGUAGUUUGGGUGUAUAUAUUUUGUUUUAAACUAAAAGACUUGAUUAGCUUCAUUCAAUGCAUAAUAUGAGAUAUUUGCGAA